AUGUCCCUCUCAGAGCUUUCCAACGAGCUUCUCGUAAAGAUCUUGGUGUGUCUCGAGUCUGACAGUUUAAAGAGGGACCACAAUGGAAAUCUUCAUAAAUGGCUUCUACCACUCACAACAUGCUCGAAACAUCUGUCCGAACUCGCCACUCCAAGGUUGUAUUGUACUUUUUUGGCCAAAGAUCCCAAAACAGUAAAACUUUUCGUGAAGACCAUCGCUGCAAAUGAGGAGUUGGCAUCCAUGGUCCGAUAUGUGUCAGCAAUCUCUGGAAACUAUCUAAUCCCUCGAAUCAGGGAACAAUUUGACGAAUGGAUAUGCACAGAGAACUACCAGAGUUUUGAAUUCCUCGGAUUGAAUCAGACGGAUCUUCAGACAUUAUUUUCCAAGAAGCAGCCGGCAAUAAAUUUUGGAGUUUGGGCUGCACAAGACCUCUCAUUUUGGGCUCUGAUGGCUCUUACUUUAUGUCUUGCUCCGAAUCUAAUUGGACUCUACCUCCGACUUCCUGUUUUUGAAGAAUGGGAACCAGGCUGUGAGCUUGAUCGAUUUUGCUAUUUCUUUGAUCGAAUUGCAGCCAUUAAUGAGACCCAUAGCUCGUAUGAGGUUCCUUUGAGAAAUCUAUUGUUUGUUGAUUUUUGCGGAGUGGAUAUGGAGAGACAAUUGAUGGACUUCGAUUGUAUGAUCAAGAUCAUCGCGUUGCCAUCACUCAGGAAGUUCGCAUGCGAUAACACUUUUGUUGACUAUGUUGAAGACCCGAUUAACGAGACGGACUCAGAAACUUUAGAGGAUCUAACACUACCAAAAAUUCCGAAGCUUAAUAGUUUGAUACUACAAUGGAAUUGGAUUCCCCGACGCUAUCUUGCCGCUUUGCUUAGCAGCUGCACAAAUCUUCGCCAUUUCAAUUUUCACGUCGAUAUGGAGUUUAAGAAAGACGUCAAUGCAUUCAUUGCUGAUACAAUCAAGAGUUUAAUCCAUCUCAACAACCGUUUGGAAAUCUUAGGGCUACGGUUCACGAACUGGAACCCUGAAAGCUACAGGGGGUCGGAUCUCUCACCGUUGCGUGACUUUAAGGUCCUGAAAUUGCUCUACAUAGAUGGGUCAGCACUUAUACCGAGUGCUGGAGACCACAAGGACAGCGAGGACAAGGGUUCCUCUAAAUUUUUGUUGGCCAACGCGAUUCCUUCUUCUCUACUGUACUUAGGGGUCGAUUGUUCCGGCCUGACAAAUUCGGAGUUAAAUGUUAUAAUAAAGCAAGUUCAAGGACUAGUGAUUGCUAAGAGACGGGCAUCGAGUCUUAAGAUGGUUCACCUACGUUACUUUCUCCAAACAAGAGAUUGCGGAAAUCACGGCGAUCCGAGCCGUUGUAAUGUUUGCGGGAAGUUUGGCUAUGCUGCGCUCCAACAUCUCUCAGACAUGUGUCAAAGAAAUGGCAUUCGCUUCGAGUUAGGGUUAUUCGAAACACAUAAGGGCCGUAGAAAUAGCUCUUGCUUUGACCUAGGGAACAAUCAGUCAAUAGAGCUACCACAAUUUUGGAUCUUGUAG